AUGAAGUUGCGCACGAUGUCUUCAAUGAUCCUCAUACUCAUAGGAAUACUACUCUGGAAACCCUUUUUUACGACAGACGCUGCUUCUGACCAAGCUUGUCCAACUACCUUACCGGUCCGGAUAUCGGCCUUGAACUUUCCUCCCCUUGUCGAGCCAUCUCCAGAUAGAGCAAAAGCACUAAAAGGUGUACUGGGAGAAUUUAUAAUCCAUAUUAUCAGGAAGUGUUUUUUGAGAGAUUGUAAAUUAAACGCAAGCUCGGUCCAAACGACCGUGUUUAACACAACUUGGAGUUUUUUGAGGUCAAUACAAGACGGUGAAGCCACAAUUGCAUUUCCUAUAACACGACCAAUAAAGAUGUGGCUGUCUGAUGACGACUACAUUGGGCCAAAGAUGUCAUUUCAAGAAUUCUUCGUCUCCCCUGGGUACUCGCUUGUAAUGGACGUGGAGUAUAUCAACAAAAAAGCCAACGAUAUCAUCGUUCAGUCCCUAAUGGAAAACACUUGGCCAAUUAUUGUCUUUACCCUUCUUAUAGCUGGAAUCUCAGGAAUAAUCGUCUGGAUUCUAGUAAGAUUGAAUUUUCAUUGUCCUCAUCAAUAUCUAUUUUUCUUCCAUUAGGCUGAUACAAAAUGCCAAUUUUUUUCGAGUACUGUCUCCGCUGACAAACCAUGCAUAGGCUGCUUUGUAUACAUCAUUGUUUUUUUAAAAGCCACAUCACCUAAACAUUAAGUAAACAAACUCGCCACACUUGUAACGCACCUCGUUAUUGUAAGUCGUAAGGCGAAGCAAGCGCGCUACAUACCUCGCUCUUUACAGAGUCUUUUAUUGACACCUACUUACGAGAUUUCUUAGUCUCCCUCGCUAAUGAGAUGUGUUUAAGAGGGAGUCGGUUCGCCUUCUGUUUUCAGCCCACUCGACAAUCAUGGACAAUUACUUGUUAUCUAGAUACAAAACAAUAUGGUCUUUUUUUUGAAAGGAGGUUCCUUUAAAAGCCCUCCUAGAAAAUCGACAACAAGUAUAAAAAAAAUAAAAUGAUGCAAUUUUAUGCAUUUUUUUCGACAUAUACCUUUGGAAUUUAUUACGUUUUCAGGAAACAUACUUCAAUGAAGAGGAAUUCCCUCGUUCGUUUACUAAAGGCUCCUAUGAAGGCUUUUGGUGGGCUUUUGUUUCCAUGACAACAGUGGGGUACGUAAAAUGAUGCUCCUCUCUUAUCCUAUGGAUAGAGAUUUAUCCAGUGUAUAGCGUUAUCUACCUUUUCAACAAAUGAGGCUUCUAUGUCCGUUUUGAUACUAAAGUCGUUAUCCCUGGACGAACUUGGGCAAACAUUUUGUCGCUCGUGUGGUUAUGCAACGACUCCCUACGAGAGGUAGUUUGUCUGAAUGCAUAAUGCAUCUGAUCUUGUACCUUUCUUUAUAACCAGACGAGCUACAAAAUGUUUGCCCAAGUAUGUCCAGACGAAUAGAGAGUCUUAAGUUUAAAAACAGCCAAUAAGAGGCAGCUUCUUAAGACUUUUUUUGUUGUUGUUAAUUUAAGGGCACUUAGUUGAAAUAGUGGUCGGAGCACAUUCCGGUUUAAGUUAAAUGCCAAUGUAGGUAGUAUAAAUCAAGGACCCCGUUCUAACGUCCCCUGUAAGAGGCAGAAUUUUCGUUACGUAGUGCUCAUCCGAGACACGUGAAGGUCUAGUCGUUUGCCACAAUGCAGUGAUUUUAUGACUUGGUCCGGCCCUGGGAAUCGAACCCAGGACGUCUCGGGAGCUUAAGCAAGGAGGUUUAUGUUAGCAAAUCAACAACACUGCAAGUGCAUCAGGCUUUGCAGUACAUUUCUUUGUCGUCUUUGCACGAAUUCGACGAGCAACUGCCGAAUUUCACGUUUUCUGGCGGACGAACUCACGUUUUAAGAGACCGUUUAGCCACCAUUGCUGUCGUCGUUACUUAAACUCGCUAAUGUGUUUGGUGUUCCAACAUUUGUUUUCUUAUUAGGUAUGGUGACAAAACUCCCAAAUUCAUUUUUGGUCGUUUGUUUGGCAUCGCUUGGAUUUUGACUGGAUUGGUUGUCAUAGCAGUGUUCACAGCGACUGCCACAAGUUCACUCAGCGUCUCCCCAAGCGACUUGGCAGUGCUUGAAGGAACAACUGUAAGAAAAACUCGCGGCCCUGAUAUAAUCAAAAUCAAAAGACCUUAAUUGUGUUUAAUAGUUUAAUACGGACAAUAAAAAUGCCGUAUAAGACCUUUGUUAAAACAGUUCUUUGAAUGGCUGGGCAACAUUGUUCUUUAUGUACAGAGAGCAACUUUUGUUCAAAACCGUAACUAACAAGUCAUAGAUAUUAAUUAACACGGAAGUGUACCACCGCUUAUUGCCUUAAAAAGUAUGUUUUUCAAUCUACUUCCUUGCAUUUGCCUUAUUAGGUUGGAGUAUUGAAUGUUACAUCAGCAGGGUUAGAGGCAAAACAAAGAGGCGCCAUAGUAAAAGGUAAGUAAGGUCAUAUAACCUCUUGGCAACGUACACUAAAACUAGUUACAACCAAAGGUUACGGAGUGCGGGCGACAACGAUCGAAGGUCAAAACGCUUUCGCUCCAUCGCUGUGCUUUGCGUAAGUUUCACGUGACAGAUAGUCAAAACACGCGUGAUCAGAUUACGAGUGAUAGAAGGUCCAAAAUGCGCGUCAUAAAUUGCGUUCAGUGCAUUCCAUUCAUUGUUAGUGGAAGUCUAAAUGAAUGCUGGCUACAUACAUGCGACGCAUGAGUGAUAACAACCUGAAGAUUAGGAUUGCGGGCUCCUCUUGUCGCCAGCAAUUACGGAGAGCGAGAGUGGACAGAUAAAAUAAAUUACUGAAAAGAAAAAAAGAAUUUAAAUGGAUAUAACAAAGGUUAAAAAUUCCACCUGGCCGGGAGCCGUGUUCAAAAGUUGCAGUACCGUUAAUUAAAUUAGUCCAAGGGGCUUGCAACCGGUUCCUCCGGAUUGCAUGUCUAGAGCUCCGACCGUUGGUUCAUGCUGUACUGUUUGUUUAUUUGUUUGCUUGCUUAGCCGCAAAUGUUCACUUUCAACCGGAUCAUCCGGAUCCAUGGCGUCGAAGCCAUAUAUGAGUUGAGUUUGUUGUUGGUUCUCUCCCUUUCUUCUAGAGAUUUUUCUCUGGGUACUCCGGUUUUCCCAACAUAACGACAACAUAACGAAUAUGCUUGAAAUAAAUAUCCCGAUGUAUAUAGCGCUUACGCAAUCCAAAAAAUCAAGGUAUAAGAGAUUUGUAACAAAGCUUUGUUGUAUUUUUACUCCGGAAUACGAUGAAUGGAUCGCACCCUUGUUUACCAAUCCAUUUUCUUACAGAGUUCCCAUCAGCUGAGCUUCUGUUCAGAGGGCUCGAGGCAAAUAUUAUAGAUGGCAUAUUCAUGGACAAAUUCAAAGCUGGCCACUACCUACACUCAAGAAAUAAGUCUAACCUCAAAGUUUUUCUGUCUGUUGAUACGAGCGAAGCGGUGAAAUAUGACCUUGCUGUACUUGGCGUUUCAGCGAACAACUCAUGCUUUAAAUCUGCUAUCAUGAAACGUGAUGUGGACGAAUUGCUCCUACAGUAUUUGAAGCCGGUAGCGGUAAGGAAUAAAUCUGAUUUGAUAAGAACUGAAGAAGGCUUUACUAAUACCGUUAUAACUUAAGUCUUCCCGGCUGUAGGCCCAUUCGCCUGCAAACAAAAAAUACAUCCGAUUAUAACCCUUCCGGAUAUAAACGCCCUUCUAGCUCCGAUUGUAAGCCCACCCUCCUGAGAAUUCGGUUUAUUGUGACGUUUUGAAGCUUAACCCCCGCUAAAACCCCACUGCUUAUAAGCUGAAGGUUACGGUAAUAGCUAAUUACGGUCAUAUCUAACUGUAUUGAGCGUUUUUACUCCCGUGAACAGCAUCUAAACAAAUUUAUUGUAACAAUAGAAAGCGUUUACAUAAAAAAGGAGUUCAGUGUUUUCUACUUGUGUCAAAAGAAAAAAACAAAUACCAGUCAUUAAGGGCCAUAUUUCAAUCUUUAAACCUUCCCACACUGGCUUUGCUUCCUGGAUUUUGGCUCAGUAAAAACAAGGGAAGUAGGAGAUAGCCGGGGCUCAUAUUUACCUCUGAAUAGUUUGUAAUUACGGAUUGUCAAUAAAGUCUUAACCAUUCCUUUACAUGACCAUUUCAGGCUUAUAACCAGGACAGUGACUCGACGAGUAUCUUCUCUGGUGCAUCAAAAUCCACCCAACGUUUCCUAUUUAUCACAAUGGGGGUUUUCUUGUGCCUCGUAUUGUUGGGGAUUAUUGGUGAACUUGUGUACAAAACAAUGUGGAAAGCAAACAAAAGGGUUGAGAAUAGUGAAGGUUAGUAGUGAAGGGCGUAUGUUUCACUCCUUUUUAUCCACUGGAGUUUCAUGCAAACCGUUGAGUAUUGCCGUAUCACCCAGUUGCAGACCUGGAUCAGCAUAAAUAGUUUGUAUAGAAAAUAUACAAAACUUCAAAGCGAUAAAGAAGUAAACAAACUUUAAUUAAUUGUGGUUAAUAUUAAAAAAAAUUAGCCCGGUAAUUCGUUCUUUUUUAAAACUUUCUCUCCUUGACGGUCCUUUCCAUCCGAAAAGGAGGAAUUAAACUCGGCAUUUGCGUUGCAUUUCGCAGCCGAAUUAACAAUAUCCUGGGUAGCUUAUUUUUCGUGUGAGUGUAAUGACUAUUUCUCUUGUAGAUGGGAUUGAAUUGAAGGAUGUCAAGGUUCAGUCAAACUCCAGCAAAGGCAACCUCAAAGAUAUUGAGGACAAACUGGGACAGUUGGUUUGUGAAGUCAGGAAAUUACAAGAACAACUUGUUAAUAUUUCAUCUCAAGCAAAUGGGACUUUCGCACAGAGCACAACUCACAUGUAGGGCUUAGCAGUGAAAAUAGACGCC